GCGGCGGCGGCGGCGGCGGCGGCGGCAUGAAGUCGGCGAGGUUACAGACUCCGAGACGUCCAGUCAAGAAACCAUCAAAUAACCGCCCCAAGGAUCCAGUUGGCGUGUAUUGCCGUGUUCGACCACUGACUGCAAGUGAUAAUGCAUGUUGUGUUGAUGUCAUCAGUAAUACGAUAAUUCAGCUUCAUCCACCUGAUGGGAUUAGAGUCAACCGAAAUGGGGAAUUUAAAGAGAUGCAGUAUUGUUUUAAAGAAGUGUUUGGUGCCUUUACAACUCAGAAAGAACUAUUCAAUGUUGUUGCUCGGCCCCUAGUAGAAGAUCUGAUUCAUGGCAAAAAUGGUUUGCUGUUUACAUAUGGUGUUACUGGAAGUGGUAAAACACAUACAAUGACUGGAUCUCCUGGAGAUGGUGGUCUUCUGCCCAGGUGCUUGGACAUGAUCUUUUGUAGUAUUGGGCCAUUUCAGGCAAAGCGUUACGUUUUCAAGCCGGAUGAUAAGAAUGCAAUGGAAGUGCAGAAUGAAGUUGAUGCUCUGUUGGAACGUCAGAAAAGAGAUGCCCAGCCAUCUGCAACUCCAAAGAUAUCCAGGCAGAGAAUGGAUCCUGAGUUUGCAGAUAUGAUUACAGUGCCCGAACAUUGCAAGGCUGAGGGAGUGGAUGAGGACAGCGUGUACAGUGUGUUUGUUUCAUAUAUCGAAAUCUACAACAACUACCUUUAUGAUCUGUUGGAAGAAAUACCAUCAGACUCAAUUAAACCAAAGUGGAUCAGUAAUACCACUCCUGUGCGGACCGUUGAGUUCAUACCUCCACAAUCUAAAAAUCUUCGAGAGGAUUCUAACCAUAACAUGUAUGUGUCUGGUUGCACUGAAGUAGAAGUGAAAUCAACAGAAGAAGCUUUUGAAGUCUUUUGGAAAGGCCAGAAGAAACGACGUAUUGCUAACACAACAUUAAAUCGAGAAUCAAGCCGUUCACACAGUGUUUUUAUUAUCAAGUUAGCACAGGCUCCCUUGGAUGCUGAUGGGGACAAUGUCCUUCAGGCAAAGGAUCAGACAAAUGUAAGCCAGCUAUCCCUGGUGGACUUGGCAGGAAGUGAGAGAACUACAAGGACAAAAGCUGAAGGCAGCAGGUUGCGAGAGGCAGGUAAUAUUAAUCAGUCACUGAUGACUCUAAGAACUUGUAUUGAAGUGCUGAGAGAAAACCAAAUGUGUGGAACAAAUAAGAUGGUUCCAUACAGAGAUUCAAAGCUGACUCAUCUCUUCAAAAACUAUUUUGAUGGUGAGGGUAAAGUUCGGAUGAUUGUGUGUGUCAAUCCCAAAGCAGAUGAUUACGAGGAAACACUGUUGGUCAUGCGGUUUGCUGAAAUGACUCAAGAAGUGGAAGUAGCCAGACCUGUCGAUAAACCUAUCUGCGGUCUCACUCCAGGACGCAGAUACAGAAAUCAUGCUUUCAAAGAAGAAUUGACAAGAAAAUUAGAACUGCGAGGAGGCCCCAUUGACGGAGACCCCAACUUUACAGAAGCUUUUCUACUGCGUUUUCCACCAUUGCCCUCAGUUGAGUUAAUGGAUGCCAGUGAUGAGCACACAUUACCGCGACUUAUAGAAUGUUUAGAGCAGCGCCAAAGAGAACGUCAGUUGGCGAUUGAGGAGGUGCAGAAACUUGCAAACACUAUCAGGGGAAUGCUUCAAAACUGGGACAGCAGUUGCUCUGCAAUGGAAAACUGCGUACAAGAUCAGCAAAAAAAGCUGCUGGAAAAAGAUCAGAUUAUAACUGGCCACAAAUCAGAGGUUGAGCGGUUAGAGAAGAAAAUCAAAACUUUGGAAUACAAGAUUGAAAUAUUACAAAAAACAGCAAAUAUCUAUGAAGAAGACAAACGGACUUUGCAGCAAGAGUUGGAUGAAAGAGAUCAAAAACUGCAUCGAGAACUAUCAGACAAACGACGCUUAGAGCAGAGAAUGCAAGGAGUGGUGACUGAUACAAAGAUGAAAUGGGAGAAAGAAUGCGAACGUCGCGUUCAAGCCAAGCAACUCGAGAUGCAAAACAAGCUUUGGGUGAAAGAUGAGAAACUUAAACAGCUGAAAGCAAUUGUUGCUGAGACAAGGCAGGAGAGGCCUGAGAAACCAGAAAAGACGCCAAGGGAAAGGGAGCAGAAAGUGCAAACACGCUCGGCGUCCCCACCUUCAGUUCCUUUUUCUGGUAACACUGCACCACCCCUAGCCACUACAAAGUGCUACCCAGCAUCUGGGUCACAACUACAUAGGCGCUCUAAUUCCUGCAGCAGCUUCUCUGUGGCUUCCUGCAUCCGGGAAUGGGAGCAGAAGACUCCAGAACGGAAAAUGGAUGGUAACACACCAUCUAAGAAUAAGCAUAGACCACUGGAUUCUCAUCAAGUUAGGGACUCCAGUUUCCAAGGGAGAUGGCAGGGAGUGAACAAGCUGAGCGGCUACAAUUUCGGCAACCAUAGAAGAGAGAUCGCAGUAGACCAAGAUGCACGCUGGAGGAAUGCACCACCUGUUCAUCUACGCCACAGACGGUCGCGCUCAGCAGGUGGGGAACGAUGGGUAGACCAUAAGCCAGUUGGUAGCAUCGAGAUAGACACUGUUCUCCAGCCACAUAUACCCAAUGCCAUCACAGUGGCUGUGCCAAAUGAAAAAGCUCUGGCUAAAUGUGACAAGUACAUUUUGACACAUCAGGAGCUUGCAUCAGAUGGGGAGAUUGAAACCAAACUCAUCAAGGGAGAGGUGUUCAAAACCAGGGGUGGUGGCCAAUCGGUCCAGUUCACAGAUGUUGAGAAGCUGAAGCAAGAAUCUCCUGCUGGUACAAGGAAACGCAGAUCUUCUCCAUCAGCACGUCCUCCAGAGGAUACGACGGAAUCUGAAUGGACAGAUGUGGAAACAAGGUGUUCCGUUGCUGUAGAAAUGAAAGCGGGCAGCAACCUGGGGCCUGGAUACCAGCAUCAUGCUCAACCAAAACGCAGAAAGCCGUAAAUGCCAUAUAACUUCAUUUUGUGGAACACCUCGAGCAAUAUUGGAAAAUUAAUACUUCAGGCUAGAUGCUAUGCAAAAUUUGGGUGCUUGUGACGCCAACAAUGAUGUAAAACAUUUUGAAUUGGAGCUAUAGUGAUCUUGCUGAUACAUAUAUUAGAUGGGUGUCUUCCUUUGUCUUUCAAAUUAUGCAUUUUACUAUGUGGGCCUUGCCCCACUUGAGGAUACAACUUUAUACCUCUCCCAAGUCAAAUAAUCAUGAUCUUUUGUUUUGAAAUGUUUUCAACAAUUGAUGUGUAAAUUAAAAUAUGCAUUUUGAGAUUGGCUAUAUUUUCAGAAGAACAUUUGAGGAAAUUCAGCUUUUAAACAGCAUUAUUCUAUUAUGGCACUUUUUAUGCCUAUUUUUAUAAAAAUUGGAUAAUGCCUGUACUAUAUAGUUUAAGAAAAAAUCUGCUUGCAACCCCCAUCGCUGGAUAAAUCCUUAUCUCAUGUUUGGAGCUGCUGCUAUUCAGUUGAGAUGAUGCACUUUAGAACAGUCACCUUUUUGUAUAAACACAUCUAGUCAACUUCAAGCAACAUCUUUCUAUGCUGUUGUACAGUAAGCUUUUCCUUAGACUAAUAAUUUUGUUAGAACUUACUAUAUGUUUUACCCAGUUACGGUAUAGAUUUUUGUAAUAACAUCUUUUUAUCUGAAAUGGCACUUUUGUAAGUGAAUAUUUACAUGUAUUUUCCA